AUGACUCUGCGAGGAGCAGCUCAGGAUUGGUUCCACACUCUACCGUCCGCGUCAAUAGGCAACUUCAAGGAGUUCGCCAUCAUUUUCACAAAGGAGUACACCUCCUACAAGAAUGUCAGAAAGCAUGCAGACCACCUGUUCAACUUGCGCAAGAAGCCAGACGAGUCUCUACGAGACUACCUGAGACGGUUUAAGGCUGAGAAGGCUAACAUCAUAGGAUGCAACGACCAAGUUGCAUCCUCAGCAUUCAAAAAGGGCUUGCCAACCGAGCACGAGCUAUACCAGGAGCUGGCCAUAACUCCAAGUCAAACCUUGGCAGAAGUGUUCGCGACGGCAGAGCGCUACGCACUUUGGGACGAUGAUCGUAUCGCCGCAAAGAAAGCUAGCAAGCAAGUUGACCACCCGACGAAGCAGGCAAGCCAAAAGAGCAACAAGUUCGAGCAAAAAGCCCGAGAUAAGCGCAGAUCGCGGCCCCAAGAGGGAAGCUUAGAAACAGGGACCUUCACUGAGUUCGCUAUCCCAAUCCACCAGAUCCUAGCUCAAGUGAAAGAUAAGCCGUGGGUGAGGAGACCACCACCCAUGAAGGGAGACCCCUCUAAAAGAGACACCAGCAAAUACUGCGCAUUCCACGGGGAGCACGGUCAUUACACCAACAACUGCAACGCUUGGAAAAGGCACCUUGAGGAGCUGGUCAGAGAGGGCCAUUGCACAGAGUUCAUUGCAAAGAAGGCUAUCCAGCAGAUCGAGGAUCGUGAUGCAGCUGCCAAGGAACCUCCCCAAAAGGUCAUUCAAAUCAACACCAUUCUAGCCGACUCCCAAGAAUCCGGGCUGACCACCAAGGAGCGCAAGAGAAAGAUCGCUCAGGCAACUUAUGUCUCCCAAGUCACAACGGGAGUACCAGCCAUUGGGGAUACACCUAUCAUCGGCUUCCAGAAGAAGGACUUGAUCGGGCUUGACCUGCCACAUAAUGACGCCCUAGUCAUCUGCAUCCAAAUUGAACAAGCUGUGAUCGAGCGAGUUCAUGUAGAUGAGGGCAGCGCAGCCAACAUCCUGCAACUAUCUGUUAUCCAACAGAUGGGGUUCGAGCCCAAGAUUAGCAAACUUGCCAGAUCGCUCACCGGCUUCAAUGGGGCCACAUCAAUCACUGUUGGAACGAUCGACUUGGAUGUCCACUCACCCCCAGUGGUCUGCUCGCAGACCUUCAUGGUCAUCGACGAGGUUUCCCCCUACAACGGAAUCUUGGGCCGACCGUGGAUCAGUAAGAUCGAGGCCAUCACAUCUGCUCUACAUCAGAAGAUCCGCUAUCCCAUCCCUGGGGGCGGGAUCGGGCAGAUCAACAGUGACCAAGCCAUGGCAAGGAGAUGCACCGCCCAAGGGCUCAAGAAGAGCAAGCAGCUGCAGUUUACACCAGUAAUGCAAGCUGCCAACGAGGCAGGAAGCGCUCUUAGCAGACAAGCAAACCCGAAAGGGAAGGAAUUAAAGAACCAGGAUCAAGGUGAGGGAAUCCGCCCGGAAGACUCCCUUGAAAAGGGUUGGAAGCCUGAGGAUGACGUUGAGUUAGUACCUCCUGAUCCUGGCCAGCCAGACAAAGAGGCGCAGAUCGGCUCGUGCCAGAAUCCAAACAAGAAGGAUCGAGACGAGGGAAUCCGCCCGGAAGGCUCCCUUGAAGAAGGUUGGAAGCCUGAGGAAGACGUUGAGUUAGUACCCCCCGAUCCUGAUCAGCCAGAGAAGGAGGCGCAGAUCGGCUCGCGCCAGAAUUCAACCAAGAAGGAUCGAGAUGAGGGAAUCCGCCCGGAAGGCUCCCUUGAAGAAGGUUGGAAGCCUGAGGAAGACGUUGAGUUAGUACCCCUCGAUCCUCACCAGCCAGACAAGAAAGCGUGGAUCGGCUCGCGCCUAAGCCCAGACGGGAAGAUGGAGCUGACCAUCUUCCUCCAGAACAACAAAGACAUGUUCGCGUGGUCACCAUCUGACAUGCCUGGCAUUGACCCAAACAUCAUCUGCCAUCGGCUCCAUGUCAACCCAGCUAGCAAGCCCGUGGUGCAGAAGAGACGCAACUUUGCUCCCGAGCGGGUCGCGAUCAUUGAAGCCGAGAUCGACAAGCUCCUAGCUGCCGGUUUCAUUGAAGAGGUCUCCUACUCGGAAUGGCUGGCUAACGUUGUUCUGGUGGCGAAACAAGAAAAGGGAAAAUGGAGAGUAUGCGUUGAUUACACCGACCUCAACAAAGCGUGCCCUAAAGACAACUUCCCACUGCCGAGAAUCGACCAGCUCGUGGAUUCAACUUCCGGCAACCAGCUGCUCAGCUUCAUGGAUGCUUACUCCGGCUAUAAUCAAAUUAUGAUGUACGAUGAUGACAAGGCGAAGACCUCUUUCAUCAUCGAAAGAGGGACCUACUGCUACAAGGUCAUGCCCUUUGGGCUGAAGAACGCCGAAGCAACCUACCAAAGGCUCGUGAAUAAAAUUUUCAAGGAGCAGAUCGGCAGAACCAUGGAGGUGUACGUGGACGAUAUGCUGGUUAAAGCCCCCAAGCGGGCAGACCACCUCAAAAACCUCACCGAGGCGUUCAGCCUACUCCGCCAAUAUCGCAUGAAGCUGAAUCCAAGUAAAUGCACGUUCGGUGUAUCGUCUGGCCGGUUCCUAGGGUACUUAGUGACGCAACGAGGUAUCGAGGCACACCCGCGCCAAAUCAAAGCCAUUCUCGAGAUGAAGUCGCCUUCCACAGUGAAGGAGAUACAAAGCCUGACGGGCAGAGCAGCGGCCCUUAACAGAUUCCUCUCAAAGUCUACCGACAAGUGCAGACCAUUCUUCAAAGCUUUGAAGAAAGGACAAAAAGACAAAUGGGACGAAGAGUGCGAACCAGUUCCUGGUGAAGACUUGUUCGUGUACCUGGCAGUGUCCAACUCGGCCGUCAGCUCAGCUCUCAUCCGAGAAGAACUUGGGGCCCAACAUCCGAUAUUCUACACGUCAAAAGCUCUCCUCGAUGCAGAGACUCGCUACCCGAAAUUGGAGAAGCUCAUUUUGGCCCUUGUGGUUUCUGCGAGAAAGCUGCGACCUUAUUACCAAGCUCACCGAGUCAUCGUCAUGACCGACUUUCCUUUGAGAUCAAUCCUCCACAGCCCUGAUGCUUCUCAGCGACUCAUGAAGUGGGCUAUAGAGCUAAGCCAAUACGACUCCUCUACCGGCCGAAGACUGCAAUAA